CCACCCAGGCACCCCUUUCAGACCCAUCCUAAGAGUUAACCCCUGUCCUCUUAACUGCACUGAUCUUAUCCCAGAGAGGCCCUGGGCUUUGUCACCCAACUGACCACUAACCACAUCCAGCUCUGCUCUUUCCUGGUUCCUAAAAUCCAGGAGCAGAUGGCAGGAGUGCUGAAGACAGCCUGCUACCCGGAGCCCAGAAGAAAGGGGAGGAGAAGAGGGAGGGAGGAAGUUACCGUGGUCCCCAGCCUGUAGCCCCCAGGCUUUCCUAUGAAACCCAACGGUCUCCUGCCAGGUUUCCUGUCCCUUCAGCCUUUGUCAAGAAUGGGGUUGCUGCCAGGGGCCAGCAUACUGUUGGGGGUGGGUGGCAGCCCCCCAAGGCUGAUUGAUCAUUACUCCAGGUGUCCCCUACACCUUCCCUCCUCCUCUGGGGUCAUUCCAUGUCCUAUAGUUUCUUAGGCUGUUGGUUCCUGACUUUUGUACCUUUCAAAGGACCCCCAGAUAGUUUAACCAGAAUUUUGGAGGGGCAUUAAUUAUCCCCCGUAGGGAUAGCACUGGUCUAGGCACACGAUGGGAGCUAAGAAGCUCUGGGGUGGGAUGCUAAGUUCAAAGGCUGGGCACAGCUCUGGUCUCUCCUUUCUUGUCCCUCUCUCCCAUAUGAGGGGCCAUCAUUUGGGCACCCCAACCCCAGUGGGGGGAAGAGAGAGCAUUUAGUCUCCUGGGGCGGGGUUUCUUCUGCCCCGCCCCCUCCCUCAGUACAGAAGACAUAAAGGCCUUGAUUCAGGUUAGCCUCCUGGCCAGUACCAGGUGAACUUCGGAGGUGAGGUCCUGGGGGUUGAGAGACUGAAGCUAGCAAAAGAGGGGCGCUGUGGACCCCUUCCCUGAGGAGGUAGGUAGGACCCACUGAGGUUGUACUGGAGUAUGAAGGUGGGAAUGAGGGGUCAGGGGGAGAGGGCUGGUGGGGCUUUCUUCUCCCAAAUGCACUGGGCCCUCUGGACUUACUGGGCUUGGGGUCUUGUUGCAGAGAUGAAGCUGCUGCCAGUCCUUGCCGGGCUCCUGGCCAUUCUGGCUGUGCCCUGGCGCUCUGAGGGUGCCAGUCCAGCUGUCCUGGAGGAGGUAGAGACCUCAGUGGUACUGACCUGCAUGGAGGAAGCCAAGCGACUAGUGGACACGGCCUACAAGGAGCGGCGGGAGAGCAUCAAGAGGCGCCUUCACAGUGGCUUGGCCAGCCCCAUGGAACUGCUGGCCUACUUCAAGCAGCCGGUGGCAGCCACCAGGACAGCUGUGCGGGCUGCCGACUACCUGCACGUGGCCCUAAGCCUGCUGGAGGGGAAGCUGCGGCCUCUGCGGCGGGGGCCCUUCAACAUCACUGACAUGCUGACACCGGCCCAGCUGAAUCUGCUGUCCAAGUCUAGCGGCUGCGCCUACCAGGACGUGAGGGUGACAUGCCCGGAGAACGACAAGUACCGUACCAUCACCGGUCACUGCAACAACAGACGCAGCCCCACGCUGGGGGCCUCCAAUCGCGCCUUUGCGCGCUGGCUGCCGGCCGAGUACGAGGACGGCUCCUCGCUGCCCUACGGCUGGACGCCCGGGGUCAAGCGCGGCGGCUUCCCGGUGCCCCUGGCGCGCGCAGUCUCCAACGCCAUCGUGCGCUUCCCCACCGAGCAGCUGACCCCGGACCAGGAGCGCUCGCUCCUGUUCAUGCAGUGGGGCCAGCUGAUCGACCACGACCUCGACCUGAGCCCGGACCCGGGCGCCCGGGUCUCCUUCGUCGCUGGUGUAGACUGCGAGACCAGCUGCCUGCAGCAGCCGCCCUGCUUCCCGCUCAAGAUCCCACCAGAUGACCCCCGCAUCAAAAACCAACGUGACUGCAUCCCCUUCUUCCGCUCCUCGCCGGCCUGCACAGACAGCAACAUCACCAUCCGCAAUCAGAUCAACGCGCUCACCUCUUUCGUGGACGCCAGCAUGGUGUACGGCAGCGAGGAGCCUCUGGCCGCCAAGCUUCGGAACACGUCCAAUGAGCUGGGGCUGAUGGCUGUCAACACCCGCUUCAGCGACAACGGCCGGGCCCUGCUGCCCUUCGACACCCUGCAUGAUGACCCCUGCCUCCUCACCAACCGCUCGGUGAACAUCCCCUGCUUCCUGGCAGGUGAUAUGCGUUCAAGCGAGAUGCCCGAGCUCACCUCCAUGCACACGCUCUUUCUGCGGGAGCACAACCGGCUGGCCACAGAGCUCAAACGCCUAAACCCCUGCUGGGAUGGAGAGAGGCUCUACCAGGAAGCCCGCAAGAUUGUGGGAGCCAUGAUCCAGAUCAUCACUUACCGGGACUACCUGCCCCUGGUGCUGGGACCUCAGGCCAUGAGGAAGUACUUGCCAUCCUACCGCAGCUACAAUGACUCGGUGGACCCCCGCAUCGCCAACGUCUUCACCAAUGCCUUCCGCUAUGGCCACACCCUCAUCCAGCCUUUCAUGUUCCGCCUGGAUAACCAGUACCGGCCCAUGGGGCCCAACCCCCGUGUUCCACUCAGCAAGGUCUUCUUUGCUACCUGGAGGGUAGUGCUGGAAGGUGGCAUUGACCCCAUCCUGCGGGGCCUCAUGGCCACCCCUGCCAAGCUGAAUCGCCAGAACCAAAUCGUCGUGGACGAGAUCCGGGAGCGGUUGUUUGAGCAGAUCAUGAGGAUCGGGCUGGACCUGCCUGCCCUGAACAUGCAGCGCAGCCGGGACCAUGGCCUCCCAGGGUACAAUGCCUGGAGGCGCUUCUGCGGGCUCCCCGAGCCCAACACGGUGGGCGAGCUGGGCACGGUGCUGAAGAAUCUGCAGCUGGCGGAGAAGCUGAUGCAGCAGUACGGUUCGCCCAACAACAUUGACAUCUGGAUGGGUGGCGUGGCCGAGCCCCUGGAGCCCUUCGGCCGCGUGGGCCCACUCCUCGCCUGCCUCAUUGGGACCCAGUUCAGAAAGCUCCGCGACGGUGACCGGUUUUGGUGGGAGAACACGGGCGUGUUCAGCAGGCAGCAGCGGCAGGCGCUGACCAGGGUCUCCCUGCCCCGUAUCAUCUGUGACAACACGGGCAUCACCACCGUGUCCAAGAACAACAUCUUCAUGUCCAACAUGUUCCCUCGGGACUUUGUCAACUGUAGCACACUCCCCAAACUGGACCUGACUUCCUGGAAGGACAGUGACUAGAAGCUGGGUAAGGGGGUGUGCUGGUGAGGGGUCGCCUGGGCAGUCCCCGGGCUGGUCCCAUGGGGGCCCCUUCCUGAGGUGAGCUCUUCCCUGUUCCGCCCCAGAAGAUGAGUGUGUGUGUGUGUGUGUGUGUGUGCGCGCACGUGCACAGUAUGUAUAAGUUGUAUUUACUGUGUGUGAGUUUUCUGAGACCGUGGGUAGUGUUUUGUGUGCUGUGUAUACGAGUCGUUUAUAUGAGCGUGUGUUUGCUGUUCAUGGGAGUGUUAAGAAUACGGAGGAGAGUAGCGUGUGGAGGCUGGCUCGGAGCCAGCCUGCUGGGUUCAAAUCCCGACUCUGCAGCUCUCCCACUGUGUGACCUUGAACAAAUGACUCAACUUCACUUUUCUUGAGAAAACCUUGAGUUUUCUUCUUUGCAAAUCAAAGCUGUCGUGGUUCCUUAGAGGCUCUGUUUACACCAUGUCUGCCCCCAGGGAGUGUAUACCUGACAGUGUCCAGGCUAGCGGAGGUGACUCAGUGACCUCUGGGGAAAUGACCACGAGCAGUUAGGCUGGGUGUGCUGGUUGAGCUGUGGGCUCAGGGGUGCAGGGCUCAGCCGGUGGCUCCCCUUUUGCUUCCUUACACUGUUCUCUUGCUUGUUCCCAGGAGCCCCCCUGGAGAGGAAGUGGGGCCCAUUGGCCCUUCUGUGCCAUGUUUUUGUAUCUGAUGUGACAAUAAAGUGCCACUGGUGGGGA